UGCCUACUUUUUGUUAGGCAUCGGUUCUUUUGUUAGCAGCCUCCUUUAAACCGCACGUUCCAUACAUCCCCACCCACACGCUUUUGCUGCUGUUGUGCUGUUGUAUCUCGGUUCUGAAACUCCAACGAACCAGCCGAGUCAGGCAUAAAUCGCCCCGCCAACCUCCCUCCCUCACUCACCGACGGCAGAGCGAGUCAGAGCGAUUCCCAAACUCUGACUCAGUUCUCUGCGCCAGCAAAAGCAUUCAAUCCUUGUUCUACGCUACUCAUCGAAAAAUGAGUGCAGUCGUGCAGGGUUUCACCAAGUCACUUGCCAUGACUGUGCUCUCGGAGAUCGGCGACAAGACCUUCUUCGCCGCCGCGAUCCUUGCGAUGCGCCAUCCUAGAAGACUUGUUUUGGCCGGUUGCCUAGGAGCUCUGAUUGUGAUGACUAUUCUUUCUGUUCUCGUCGGCUUGGCUGCUCCAAAUCUGCUCUCCCGGAAAUGGUCCCAUCACAUAACAACAGUGUUGUUCUUUGGCUUUGGACUAUGGUCCUUGUGGGACGCUUUUAAAGAAGAUGGGGGUGACGAUGAGCUUGCAGAAGUUGAAGCAGAAUUGGAUGCUGAUCUAAGGGCUAAUGCAGGAGGUAGCAAACGUACUAAGGAUGAUGAUGACAAGAAGCAGAGACGUUCAUUUCUCUUGCAGUUCUUCUCACCGAUCUUUUUGAAGGCCUUUUCCAUUACAUUUUUCGGUGAAUGGGGCGACAAGAGCCAGCUAGCCACCAUCGGUCUGGCGGCAGAUGAGAACCCAUUAGGCGUGGUUCUUGGUGGAAUCUUAGGACAGGCAUUAUGCACGACUGCCGCUGUCCUUGGUGGAAAGAGCUUGGCAUCUCAGAUAUCGGAGAAAAUAGUUGGUUUAUCGGGUGGAGUUCUUUUCAUUGUUUUCGGAAUCCAAUCCUUCCUUUCGACAGUGGAGGCUUGAUACCCAUAGUUUGAUUAAUGAUUGGAGUACUCAGGAUGAUGAAAUUGAUCAAAAUUUCAGAAACAAGGACGUACGCAAAAGAUUGUGUUGGAAACACUUGAAAGCGCCUUUUGUUGUCCGAAAGCGCUUUUGACCUUCCCAUACGCAAAUCCCAAACCAACCCUAAGUUGUUCAAAUGUGAAGGAGCAAAUUAGGAAAACACUAUCCAUAUAGGUUAACACAGAGUUCAGCAGACCACUGUAACUCAGAAAGAUAAACAAUGCAAUUGCAAAACACUAAAAUUAAUCCUCUUUUUUAUUAAACUA